CUGAUGGCGCUGAGGCAGACGAUGAAGGAGGGUGGGGGGGUUUACCACAGCAGCAGGAGCAGGGAAGGAAGGAAGCGAGCGGAGGAUGCUUAUCUUCAAGCAUGUGAUGACUGAAGCCUGAAGGUUGAGAGGCUGCGGCAGCAGGACCUGCUAGCAUCCAGCUUCAAUGAAGGAUGAAGAGCCCGGUGCACAGAUGCAGGGACGUGGAGCACGGACGCGGGCAGGCCGGGUCUGGGGCCGGGUCUGGUGGUGGGGGAGGGUCCAACUGCCUACAACCUGAACAGCGCAUCCCUGUCUCCAAAGACGUCAUCACUUCCUCUUCUUCCUCAGCCUUGUGGUUCAUCAGGGACACCUGCGGCAUCGUGUGCGCCAUCAUAACGUGGCUGCUGGUGUUUUAUGCUGAGUUCGUGGUGCUGUUUGUCAUGCUGGUGCCCUCCAAGAAUCUCACUUACAGUAUUGUGAACGGGACCUUGUUCAAUACUUUGGCCUUUCUGGCCCUCGCCUCACACCUCAGGGCCAUGUGCACUGACCCUGGGGCCGUGCCAAAAGGGAACGCCACUAAGGAAUACAUAGAAAGCCUUCAGCUGAAACCAGGGCAGGUGGUCUACAAAUGUCCAAAGUGCUGCAGCAUCAAGCCUGACAGAGCGCACCACUGCAGUGUAUGCAAACGAUGCAUACGGAAGAUGGACCACCACUGUCCCUGGGUCAACAACUGUGUUGGGGAAAACAACCAAAAGUACUUUGUUCUUUUCACAAUGUACAUUGCACUCAUCUCUCUGCACUCUCUGGCCAUGGUGGUCUUCCAUUUCCUCUACUGCUUUGAAGAUGAUUGGACAAAGUGCAGCUCCUUCUCUCCUCCAGCAACAGUCAUCCUCCUCAUCCUCCUGUGCUUUGAGGGCCUCCUCUUCCUCAUCUUCACCUCUGUGAUGUUUGGCACCCAGGUCCACUCCAUCUGUACCGAUGAGACAGGCAUAGAGCAGUUGAAAAAGGAAGAGCGAAGAUGGGCUAAAAAAACUAAGUGGAUGAACAUGAGGGCGGUUUUUGGACACCAUUUCUCUUUAUUGUGGUUAAGCCCCUUCUCCACCCCUGACCACGGCAAGGCUGAAACCUACCAGUAUGUGGUGUGAGGGAGCUCAGGACAGGGAAUGAGAAGGCCUGGAAAAGCUAGCCUGUUUGCUCCCACUCAGCCUGACUUACAGUGUACGUCCCACACAAGCCAUGGACAGCUUGUCAUGUGCUCUUUGUGCUGCCAACUAAGUGAGCAAUGUCUAAUUUAUUUAUUUUUUUGUUUUGUUUGCCUUUACAAGUUGAGUUGCAGAGAAAAAGAAACACUGUCUUUUUGCGAACACUGUGAUAAAUCAGUUUUUUUUCUGGUCUUUUCUCUUAUCAGAAACUGUCUGUUCUUGCUUGGUGCAUAAUCUUCUUGCGUUUUGUUCAAGGAUACGUUCAGCCAAAUUACAAAAGAAAAGGAUAAAAUGGAAAAUGACAUCACUUCAGCCUGCAGGUAUAUGGCUGUUCUUGUAGGUUAGGUGACUAAAACGGUGAAAAAUCAAAAUGAAAUCAAAUGAUUAGGUUAUGAGAGUAGCCAGAAGAGUUUAUCCUGCAGGUUUUUAUCAGGGACAUGUGAAGGAAUGCACCUACCUCAUCUGCUGAAAAAUAUGUUUAGCCACUGGUUCAGUCCAGAUACACCUACUGAGAUAUAUCCAGUAUACAUGAUGCCUUUUGAAAGAUUUCAUGCCCCUUGAUUUCUUCCCAUUUUGCAGUGAACAUUGAACAAUGUGCAAAACUGUAAGAAACACAUCCCAAAAGACUUGCAGCUGGAACUGCAGUUAAAAGUGGUUCUACAACGUUUUGGGUCAUGUGAGUUGAAUAAAUCAUUUUCUGCACCACUAUAGACAAGAGAUGCAGCGAUAAAUCGGUGCUGAUUUCCUUCAUGUUGGGUGAUGAAUGAUCGAAGGUCUGAAAAUCAGCCGCUGUCCUGUUUUGUGCAGCAGGUCACCUCUGCACAUGAGUGAUUAACAAUAGUCACCUCACUUUUGCCAACUUGGUUUGUUUUCCCACCUGAUAGUCCGCUAGGGUCAGUUUGACUGGGGACCAAAACUGCAACAUUUGUUAUUUUCAGCUGAAGCAGUUUUCUCUCACACUACAGUGUGUCAAAUGAACCAAACCCUUUGAAAGACAUGUUCCCCUCCUUGCCAGCAGAGGCGCUGUACCAAGAACCACUGAGGGAAAUGACAUAAAAACCGCUGAGGAUAUUGAGAGGAGCUUCUUUCUUCAUAAAGCCAAAAUCAGAUUUUAGUUGUUGUAGGAUUUUUCUUUUGGCGUUGAUAAAAGACCAAGCCAUUCAGAUUCAGAUUUAUUCCUAUCCCCAGUGGGCAAUUGAUGAGCCAUUACUCCAGCUAGCAUUAGACUCACUCCUCUAUUUUGGUUGUAUUUACCCAGAAUUCUCUGCGUUAUAGUCCGCUUUCUGCUUUUGAAGCGGGCUUGGUGUUCACAUAUGCAUUGAGGCGCAUCAGUUCACUUCAGCUCAACAACUCUAGGUUUGUAGGCGGACCAGAGUUUGUUUUUGAUAGUUUGCAUCCAUUUUUCUGAUUGGUCAUUCACACCUCUCCAAACGAACCAGACCCUCUAAACAGACAAACUGAGAUUAAUGAGGACUGAACAGGGCUGAUAUGAAUCCAUACAUACAAUUUUUGUCACUAUAUUUAUGGUAUAUCUAUAUAUUUUUGGACUUUUUAGACCAAAAAAUUUGUAUUGGUCAAAAUCUGAAUCGACAGGUCAGACUUUUAAAUGAUUUGUUUUCUGUCAGAAAACUACAAUCGGUGCACUCCUACUAUCCUAGUAUGCACUAUUUUGUGCCAGUCUCUCUCCUACAAUCCUAUAUAAAUACAUUGUGACUUAACUGUGAUGAAAGGUGAACAAGUUCAAGAUGUAAGGCACUUUAAGGAUUUAUCUCUAGGUAUACAAGCUGCUGUACAGCCUCUAAUCAUCUAAAAUCAUUUUUUUCUGCUACACUCCCACGAUGAGCUAAAAUGGGAAAUUAGUGGUAAAUAUAUUCUGUAAUUUAGCUGAACGAUCUUUUUUAUUUUUUUCUUUGGACUGGCAAAAUUCCGUUUUCUUAUUGAAGUGAUUCCUUUGUGAAACCAGAUCCAUGAGCUUUUAAUUGCCGCCAAAAGCUGCACAUCAGCAGCUCCUUUAUUGCUGUUUCCAAUUGGGUUAAACUAUUUUUAUUUAUUCAUUUUUUUUAAUAUUAUUUUGUAUGAAGGGCAGAUUCUAAGAAUCAGAGAAAUGAAAAUUGUUUAGUUCUCCCUGUACCGUACUAUCCUGACCUUUCCUCCUCUGAUCAGCCUCCAUCUUGGCCGCUUUGCUUCGCUUUGCCUUCAGUCUCUUCACAAAGUCCUCAGGUGUCUCUGCGUCACAACGGUUGUUUUUUUUUUUUUGUAUUUUGGAAGUGCAACAAAUGGUGGAAACAUACUGAAGCUAAGUUCAGUGCUGAGGCAUCACACUUUCAAAAAAAGCCAAUAAAUUAUGACAACU